AUAGCUCCUGCUUACUCUACCGGAGGCUUCGUUUUCAACUGUUCCUUCCUUCUCACCGAAAUAAACCAACCCUCCCUUUCCACGAAACACAACCUUCCUUUAACAUCUUAAGUUUGACCAUGGCAAGUUCAGAUGGCGAACCAGAGCAGCGCUCAAGAAGAAAGAGUAGAAAACCUGGAAAUACCGCUUUCAAACAACAGCGUUUGAAAGCCUGGCAACCAAUUCUCACACCGCGAACUGUUCUCCCUCUUCUUUUCGCGCUCGGUAUUGUACUUGGACCAAUCGGAGGUCUCAUGAUCUUGGGUAGUUCCAAGAUACAAGAAAUCUCCAUCGAUUACACCAAUUGCCCAGAAGCGGCCGGCAAGCUCAAAGACAUUCCUUCGGAACACGUCCACACACACUUCACUUCACCUGUGAAUGAUCGAGCAAUGUGGAUGUUUUCGAGUAACGGUACUGGUGAUGAUACGCCAAAGACAUGCACUCUACAUUUCAGCUUGCCGAAUAAACUUGAGCCUCCAGUAUUCUUCUACUAUCGGCUAACAAAUUUCUACCAAAACCACCGACGCUACGUAAAAUCUUUAGACGAAAAGCAAUUAAAGGGUGAUGCCCGAUCAAAAGGUGCCUUGGGUACCUGUUCGCCGCUUGACGCAAAUUCCGAAGGGAAACCUUAUUACCCAUGCGGAUUGAUUGCAAAUUCCAUGUUCAACGACACCUUCGAGCAACCUGUUCUUCUCAACACACAAGAUGGUAGCGGCAAAGAUAACGAAACCUAUCACAUGACAAACAAGGGCAUAUCGUGGAACUCAGAUAGAGGGAGGUAUGGGGUAACCAAGUAUAAACCUGACGAGGUUGUACCGCCACCAAAUUGGGUCAAGAGAUAUGGCGAAACGUAUACCGACGAAACACUUCCAAACUUGCAUGAUAUGGAAGAGUUCCAAGUUUGGAUGAGAACUGCAGGCUUCCCGAUGUUCAACAAGCUUGCGAUGAGGAACGACUCCGCGCCUAUGAAGAGAGGGACCUAUGAGGUACAAAUUGCCUACAACUUUCCGUCCUCUGCAUACUCCGGCACCAAGUCUAUCGUUAUCUCGACAUCAAGCGUUCUGGGUGGGAGAAACCCAUGGCUGGGUAUAACUUAUGUACUCGUUUCGGGUCUUUGCAUUCUUCUCGGUGCAUUAUUCACUGCUAGCCACUUUUACAAGCCUAGGAAAUUGGGAGAUCACACGCAUUUGACAUUCGACACGGAACCGGCUCCUGUCCAAGCAACUGCCUCUGGAAGAGCUAUAUAA